AUGUAUGAUUGCAAGUGCGAGCUUAAAAAUUGUUCCUGCUGUAAAGAGUGCCUUAAGUGUCUGGGCCUGCGAUACUAUGAGGAGUGCUGCAGUUGUGUGGAACUCUGUCCCAAGCCCAAUGACACACGUAAUUCGCUGUCCAAGAAAUCACACGUCGAGGACUUUGAUGGCGUGCCAGAGCUGUUUAAUGUGCUGGCCACCAGCAAUGAGGAUAUUGACAACGAUUACAAUUGGGAAGUGUUCACAUUUCAAGUCGACUUUGAUGGGUCUGGUUCCCGUCAACCCAAACUGGAGAAAGAUGUUAAAUACUAUUUGAGAUCGAACGAUAAGAACCUAGAUGAGGCAUUGCAGGAACGUGAUAAUAUGUUAACUGUAAAUUGCACAGUUAUAUAUAUAAAUCAGUGCGUGUCGUGGAAUAAAUGCCGUCAAACUUGUCAGACAAUAGGUGCCAGCAGCUACAGAUGGUUCCACGAUGGGUGCUGCGAGUGCGUGGGAUCAACGUGUAUCAACUACGGCGUAAAUGAUAGUCGCUGUCGACAUUGCCCAGAAUCGAAAGAUUCGGGAGAUGAUAUAGAUGAAAAUAUUGACGAAGAGAUGCAGGACUUUGGCGAUAACAUGGGUCCGUUUGAUGGCUCAGUGAAUAGAAAUUAUUAAAAGCAUUACCAAGCCAAUGCCAUUACAAGAACAAGAAAAACUGUAACAAAUAAGUUACUUAAUUCAGUGACAUUAUUAUUGUGUAGUACGAAGUAAUUUUGUAUAGCAUUAUUAUAUAUGUAUUUU